UGGCAAUACCAAAUUCACAUGUUAAUAAAAUCGCGAAGAAUGUUAAAGACUUCAAACCUUGUAAGGUGUGCUCGCUUAGAAUAGCCAUAACGAAUGCAUACGGACCAUGUACAUGCUUGGAAUGCGCUGAUUUCUUUUACGAAAAUGUAUAUUACUUGAAGCUACCACGUUGCAAAGAGAAUGCCAAAUGUCUUAUACUAGUAAAAAAUAGCUGCUCGGCCUGUAGAUUAAAUAAAUGUUACAAUGUUGGAAUGAAAUCGGAUUGUAUCUAUAGACCCGAAAUAUAUAAUAAUAUUCGCUUGUAUAGAUUAGGAAAAACUCGUAAAAACUCGAAAUUCUAUAAAUUUUUGGACGAGAAGAAUUUAUUUGAAUUUUUCCCAUGUCUAUACGCUUUGUUUAUGAGAAAUAUAAGUUUUAUCAAUGCUUUUCAAACGUUACCAAAUUCUUAUAAGGGUUUCUUAUCGCGCGUAUGCAUGAAGAGAGGAAUUAUUAUGGAACUUGUUGAAAGAUGCUACAAUACUCACGACGUUUUAAGAUUAGAAAAGUGUUUCAUUGAUCCUCACGUUUCGCGAAGUGAAUUUGUAAGAGAUUUUGGACGUGAAAUCUUGAAUUUUAUAAGAACUUUGAAAAAUCAUAUUCAUACUACCCUUGACUUUUAUCUUAUCAAAUUCAUUUUAAUAUUUGAUGACUAUACUAUUUUAUCGAUACCUUCCUUUGACCUUUUUCUUCAUAUAUUAAUAAGACAAGUCGCCGUUUUGGAGAAACUUCUUUCUAAUUUUGAGUACGAGUUCGGAUGUAUUGAUGAUGAAGUUAGAUUGCAUCAUUUCAAUAUGAAUUUAGUGAAUAGAAGAUUUGCAGAUCACAUAAAUCAACAAUCUUCUCCAGAGUUUUACUUCAUCUGCAACAAUUAAGAA